AUGGGGCAAAAAUCUUCAACGGCCGCGAAUGAAGGAAGGCCACGGAGCUACUAUCUCGUGAUGGGGGGGCCGUCUAUUCGUUACAUCGGUGGCCCCCCGGAAGCCGGACCGCUUAUUUUUGAUGUAGAUAUAGAGAAACCGGAGGAAGAGGGAGAAAUAGAACGUGCAGAAGUAUUUAAUAUGGCUGUGUCCGUCUUACCUAAGGAACCUUUCAGACUGAGGCACGUGAGGUCAGGAAACAAUCGGACAGACUUUGCUCUUUCUUUUAUGGUAUCUGCCACGAACAAUGUUGUGGGGCCCGGCUACACGCUGCGUGUAUUUGCAGGUGUUGACAUUGAAUACCGGGAGAACGAGGGAAUACAUCUGAAACAGGCGGAGAAGAGCCAGAAUCCGUUUUGCGUCCAUGAAACGUCCACCCCAGAGGAGAUUUUGGGAGAGGUAUACAUUGGUGAGGGAGUGCAGCUACAGAAGGUUGACAAGGCUGUCAGCAUAACAACCCCGGAGGGGAUUAAACAGGUCACAUAUGCGCCUAUAGUUAUUGAACUCACCUAUGAACCACCGGUUUGUGGACGAGAGAGGCGUAGAGCGCCACUUGCUGACGAUGCCCGUGACACGACGCAACGUGUUAUACAAUACACGUUCCUCGACAUACCGGACAACGCUGCAGACCUCGUGGCAAAUGCCGCCCGCUCAGGUGGUGAGGGCCGCAGGCCAUCAGGCGAAGUGGGGGCACAAGUUAAAGUUGUGCGUCAGCUACUUCAAUUGGGUGUGGAGGUGUACGAACUUGAUGAUGUCUUUGACCUUGGCGCCAACAGCGACGACGAGAACGCGGAGGAUGAUGACGAUAAACUUUGUGUGGUGUGUCUGACUAACGAGCGUGACACCAUGCUUCUGCCAUGUCGUCACAUGUGCUUGUGCUACGAAUGCGCCAGUAUGUUGCGUAUCCAGCGUAAUAACGCGUGCCCCAUAUGUCGUGUCCCAAUUGAACGCCUAAUGACCGCUUAG